AUGCGCGUCUCAACUAUCUCAGCCAUCUUCAGCGGCCUUGCCGUCUCUGCCAUUGCCCAGUCGGAUCUCGAUGGCGCUGUCUGGAAAGCUCUUCUCGCCGAGCCUCAGAGCAAGCGCAGCAUCUCCGACAUCCCUCGUAACCGUCCCGCUAAGCGCCAGUCGGGCUGGAACCCGCCUGCAGACUUGAAGGCUCCCCUCCAGGAGGCCUGGGAGCACUAUGAAAAGACCUACGACGGCGGACUUGAUGCCAAUGUCAACACUGGCUUCCACCAGAUCAUGGCUAACAAGGGUUACCUCAACAUCUGUGUCCGAUGGGACUCUAGCGCCAGUAUCACCGAGGCCGAACGAACAAAGAUCGCCAGUGCAUAUAACGCUCAGUACCAGAAGUGGUUCAAGUGGCUUUACGGCUACAACGGCUUCCCUUACGACGAGGUUAAGGUCAAUGUUGUUGCAUUUGCCGUUAAGGACAAGAGCCAGCUUCAGGGCUCCACAGCUGGCUACGAGGUCUACACUGAGCUCGAUGCCGAUGGUGUCCCUAUGUGCCCUGUCGCUUGUGCUCGUGAUGCUCAUCUUGAUGGUGACUAUAGUGGCUGCGAGGCUGGUGCCGACCGCCACUACGACCACUCCCUGUGGUUGAAGGAUGGCCUUGAGGGUGGUUUUGGUCACAACUGGGGUCAAGAGGUUGGUCGUGAGUACUUCAUGAACAACCUUGACUCUGACAACAUCCACAUUCUUUUGCAUGAGAUGGGUCAUACAUUUGCUCUCGAUGAUUUCUAUGACUGGAUCCCGACCGGUAUCACCAAGUUCAUCAUGCUUGCUGGUGCCUCCAUGGAAAUCACUGACUUCGACGGCUGGAUGUACCGCAACUGGUGGUACUACCUCUCUCAGAAGAACAACUGGAGCUCCGGCAAAUCGAGCGCUAAUGCUGCACCUGCUUCAUCCGAAUCCAAGCCUACCAGCAACACUGCCGCACCCGCAACCAAGACUGCUACUCCCAAGCCUAGCACCACUACCACCAAGGCCAUCGCCGUUAAGCCUGCCUCUAGCAAGAAGGCCACUGCUACCAAGGCUACCAUCACUCAGGUUACUUCGGCCGAAAACACCGCUAGUGCCGAGGUUGGUGCUUGGGGUCAAUGUGGCGGUAACAACUGGACUGGUGCUACCAAGUGUGCUUCUGGUGCCAAGUGCAUCAAGCAUAACGACUACUACUCUCAGUGUGUUGCGAACUAA